CCUUCUCGUGGUGCAGUUUUGUACGUAAAUCUCGUAAAUGGCAACUCAGGCUUGGUCCGAUGGACUAAUUCAUGCGAUAAGUAACGUAAAAAAAACAAUUAUUUGUUCCGAUUUGUCCGUCGUUAUUAAGGAUAAGUAUCCCAAAGCCCUUCAUCAUUUUUUGGUACUACCAUGGAAGGACAUAGAUUCGGUAUAUGAUCUAUCGUUCGACGACGAUGGACUGUUACAGAACAUGUACGAGCUAGGCUUGAAAGCCGUUGGUACGACUGGGCUCACAGUUGAUCGGUUCGAUUUUGGCUACCAUAUGAAACCCUCCAUGAGACGCUUGCACCUCCACGUCAUCUCGAAAGAUUAUUACUCGCCGUGUCUAUCGCACCGAUACCACUGGAACGCAUUCAAUACCAAGUUCCUACUUAAGCAUGAAUAUGUAGUGGAAAAGCUACACGAAGCGGGACACAUAGAUCGACCUUCCUUGCAUUACGUUAUGAAGCUUCUUGAGACACCGUUGCAAUGCAAUCAGUGCAUGUACAACCCGAACAAUUUUGCGGACCUAAAGCUGCACCUGAAGCAACACGUGGAAAGUGAUAUGGAAAGCGCAACCAGCUGAAACAAGCGUUCGUGUGAAUCAGUCUCAGGGAGGCGUUUUUUAUUCAGGUACAGGGAUUGAAUAGUCAAAUUUAGGUUGCCAGUCCGAUUAGCUUCAGGCGUGCUACAAGAACAUUGUUAGAGAGAUUCGAGGCCAAAGCAAUAUUCGGUAGUACUGAUUGAAUUGGCACGGGGAAAAUUUCUCUACGUGUUUUGCUGUAUCUGCCUUGAUCGAGG